GCAGCGAUGGCGGCUCCUCUCAAGCCAUUCCGCCUCCGCCGCCCCGGCAGCGCGCAGAAGUUCGGGGCGGCGGCGGGGAGCCUGCGUGGGCUGCUGCGAAAGGGCUGCCGGCUGCUGCAGCUCCCGUUGGCAGGCAGCCGGCUGUGCCUCUACGAGGACGGGACGGAGCUGAGCGAGGCGUUCUUCCGCACGCUGCCGCCGCAGACGGAGCUGGUGCUGCUGCGGCCCGGGGAGAGCUGGCCGGGCUGCUGCGGGGACCUGGAGCGGUUCCUGGCCGCCCUGUGCUGCCGGACGGACGCGGUGCUGGAGGCCGCUCGGAGGCUGCUGGAGGACGAGCGGGCGCCCCGCAGGCAGAGGCUGCUGGCGGAUCUGAUCCACAACCUGAGCGGGGACGGCGCGGCCGAGCGCCGGGACGAGGACGGGAAGUGGUUCGAGGGUCUAGAAUCUCGUUUUAAGAACAAAUCAAGCUAUAUGCGGUACAGCUGUGAAAGCAGAAUACGAAGCUACAUGAAAGAGGUUAGUAAUUUUAUUUCAAACGUUCAUCCUACAGCAAGAGAUGCUUAUAAAAGGAUACUCGACCUGAUGUCGGAUAAACUGAAAUCUGUGAAAUAUAAUGGCAGCUACUUUGACAGGACAGAGGAGGAGGCAGCGAUGCGCCUGUGCACAAAGGAGGGAUGGUUCUCUUGUCAGGGCCCUUUUGACAGAGAUGACUGCCCAUGUAAGCAUUCUAUCAACCCCUAUACUAACAGGGAAAGCAGAAUCCUCUUCAGCACCUGGAAUCUCGAUCACAUAAUAGAAAAGAAACGUAGUGUUGUCCCAGAACUGGCAGAAGCUGUCAAAACACGAGAUGGAAGAGAAGUGAACUGGGAGUACUUUUAUCAGCUAUUGUUUACAAUGCAUAAUCUAAAACUUGUACAUAUUGCUUGCCAUAAGAAAACCAAUCACAAUCUCAGCUGUGACAAAACUAAGAUUUACAGAAAAAGGAAGCAAACCCGUGAGAUUGCAUAGUGCUCUCUUUGGAAGCAACUUCUGGUUUUGUUUUUUUCCAUUUCAAAAUCAUGUAAGAUGGCAUCAUGUUUAAGUCGCUCCUGUUUCUUAAACAAAACCUUACUUAGCAAGUCUCUUCUGCCAAGGACUUCUUCCUUUAUCACCUCCAGUGCAUUAAUUGAACUGCAAUCUCAGAGCACGCGUUCAGACCGUGCCUGAUUCUCCCACCUUAGGUGACACUGCUGAGUGUGAUAAGCUGACUCACAGCCGCAGUGUGCAGAAUAGAGGCCAGAAGCUGACACGGAUGAUACCUUAUGAUUUCUUGCUUGCUGUAAUAAAUCUAGGUGCAAAAUGCACGGUACAGAAACGGAACUUUCUUGCAAAUGAUUCAAAGCAGGUUGAUACUGCUCUGAACGUUAAGCCAAACAAAGAAUACUUCAGGGUAAUUAUUCUGUGCCUUCACCAGGAACACAGGCACUGUACUGCAGACAGGCCAAAUGAUUCAGUGGCAGAGCUGCUGGCUUUUCUCUAGGAAAAUACCUGCACUCGUCUGUGACCAUUCAAUCCACUGUUGCAUAGAUGCAGGUCUUCUAGGAGAAAGCAUGUGGUGCAUCUCUGCUUUUAUCACCCUUGUGCUCUGGCAUCUUCCCACUGAUUUCCCUCAGUCUUUGCUGCUCUAGAUCGAGCUUUCUUGAAGCAACACAUACAAUCUUAUUAUACAGUAAUCAUGUUUGUCUGCAGAAACUGCUUCUGUGAAACACUUUCUACCUCUCAGUAACAAAAUACAAGUAGAUCAUUUUUUACAUUUUUUUUUUCCUAAAUAUCAGCUGAUAGCAACUGAACUCUCAGGGAUGAGUAUUUUUUAAAUCAAAAAAUAAAAGUGAAAUCACUGCCAUCUUACUGUGUAUCUGGAGGUAGAGGUGCAUGAGUAGUCAACAGUAAGGUACAAUACAGCAUGGCCACUGCAGACUAGAAGGACUUAGCACAGGAAAAGGUGCUUAUCAAUUAAGUAGUGGAUGUUUACCAGACAUUAACAUCAUUUACCUCAAAGGAAAGUUCUGGAUGUUUACUUUGGUUGUUGGUUUUGGUUUUUUAUUUCCAUUUUCUUCCUCUCACCUCUUUCUCUUUCUUAUCAGAUAAAUUCAUCUAGUUCAGACAGGAUUGUUAUUAAGAUAGUAUUGCUGUGUGAGUCCUGACUUGCUGGGACUUGGAAAUGCAGGAGUUUUGCUACAGACAGUGCUAAUUAAAGCAACAAUUCAAUUCCUUUCCCAAACAUUUCUACAUGAAAAAUAAGCAGGUGCAUUUUCAGUAAGGAGCUCCAGCACCAUUGGAUUGAGCCUUUCUGAUCAUCUCACUGAAUAUACAUCAACUGUAACAGAGGUGAAAAUGCACGUUCUGGUGUUUUGGUGUUGGGGAAGGGACUGCAAUAAAGACUCUGACAACAAGCA